CCACGGUCUCAUCUUCAGGUCCUGCCUCCCAGGCUCAAAGCUGGCUCCGUGGAGGACACAGGGACAUGAGAGACGUGCCACAGACCCACCUUCUGGCCUUCUCCCUCCUCUGCCUCCUCUCAAAGGUGUGUGCCCAGCUGUGCCCGACGCCGUGUGCCUGCCCCUGGCCACCACCCCGAUGCCCACUGGGGGUGCCCCUGGUGUUGGACGGCUGCAGCUGCUGUCAGGUGUGCGCACGGCGGCUGGGGGAGCCCUGCGACCAUCUCCACGUCUGCGACCCCAACCAGGGCCUGGUCUGCCAGCCCAGGGCGGGCCCUGGUGGCCGAGGGGCCGUGUGCCUCUGGGGAGAGGAUGAUGGGAGCUGCGAGGUGAACGGCCGCCUGUACCGGGAUGGGGAGACCUUCCAGCCCCACUGCAGGAUUCUCUGCCACUGUCAGGACGGCGGCUUCACCUGUGUGCCCCUGUGCACUGAGGACGUUCGGCUGCCCAGCUGGGACUGCCCGCACCCCAGGAGGGUUGAGGUCCCUGGCAAGUGCUGCCCUGAGUGGCUGUGUGACCAGCGAGGGGAGCUGGGGGUCCAGCCCCUCCCAGCCCAAGGACCCCGGUUUUCUGGCCUUGUCGCUCCCCCACCCCCUGGCGCCCCUUGCCCAGAGUGGAGCACGGCCUGGGGCCCCUGCUCAACCACCUGUGGGCUGGGCGUGGCCACUCGGGUGUCCAACCAGAACCGCCUCUGCCGACUGGAGACCCAGCGCCGCCUGUGCCUGCCUGGGCCCUGUCCACCUGCCAGGGGCCGCGGCCCAUGGAACAGUGCCUUUUAGAGCAGGCCUGGGAAUCUGGAGGUUCCGUGCCCGCCCUCCCCAGCAGGCAAGCCAGUGCUUGGGCCCUGAGCAGAAGGCAGAUGGCCCCUCCCCGCCCCCUUGGCUGGGGCAACGACAUCCAGGCCCCGGAGGACAAGAAUGUUCACAAGUCAUCUGGUCCACCUGGACCCUGAGAUAGAGCCGGGAUGUCUGCCCCAGUCCCCCUUCCUCUACCUCACAGCCUAGGCUGGCCAAGGUUUCCAGAGUCUUCUGGUCCAUUCCCAGCCUCCACACAGCCUUUAUCAAACAUGUGCAUAGGCAAGCUUUCCAGCAGAUAGGGCAACCAGCUGUCCCUUAAUCAUUAGGCCGAGGCAGGUGCUGGGCUGGACUGGCUAUUUUUCCGGGGGUUUGGUGAAAAGGGGCAGGCAGAUAUUCUGAAUCUCCUGCUUCCUUUCCUGGAGUGACAUAAAAACGUCCCCAAAUACAUGCCUGUGCAAGAGCUUGUAGGUCCGGCUUAUGCUGUCUGAGAAAGCCUGCCCCAUCCAGGGCAGAAUUCAGAGGCUGUGUGCUUUGUGAAAAUCACAAGGUGAAAUCACACUGUCUUGAAGAAAGUCAGAAAACAGGCCUGAGAGUGAUCCCUUAAACCCAACUUGUAUUAUUAAGAAUGAACCUUUCUCAGGCACCUGCAAUGUGCCAGGCGCUGAGCUAGACUCUUUAUAUAUAGGUUGGUGCUUUGCAACAUUUAAGACCAGAGAAAAGUAGGGGAGAAUGAAGGAUAGCC